UCCAAUAUUCGGCCUCCGUAUGCUGGCUUGCAACUGCCUUUUCCUGUGGAGAUGAACAAUGUGCACUCUAUCAGCAAUGAUAUUGAAAUGGUCGUUGAGCCUCAGCUGUCUAAUUUCUCAACUAUUCCCAUAAAUCUAAAUCCGCGUGUGGGUCGAGAAUCUACACUAAUACGCUGUCCACAAUGUAAAUGCACAGUGACGACGGAUAUUCGAUAUCGUUCGACGGUAAAAACGCAUUUGGCUUGCCUAUUGCUUUCAUGGACUUGUUGUUUCUGCUGUUUGCCGUAUUGUAUGAAUAGCUGCCGUGAUGCGAAUCAUUUCUGUCCCAUGUGUGGCACUUUCAUAGGCACCUAUGAAUCCUAAGUGCAUCAAAAGAGUGGAGGAGUAGGAAGGAGAAUCUACCAGUAAAAUGCGUUUGGAAACGUAAUACUAAAUAUAGUAAACCACAAAUAUACAAAAAAUAUAUAUAUUUCGACAUAUUAAACUCACGCUUUAGAUUGUUUUGAAUCUCAGCUGACUAAACAUUAAGGUAUGUGGCGCUAUUUG